AUGACCGAGUUCCUCAUGUUGCAGCAGGGAGACAUGACGGUCAGUGAGUACGAGGCGGAGUUCACCAGCCUACUGAUGUAUGGAGGGCAUCUGCUGGAGAAGGUGGAGCGUGGAGAGCAGGAGAAGAAUGAAGGGAAGACUCGUGAGCGGAGCCCUUUCAGGAAAUGCUUCGGUACGUGUUCAUCGGGGAAGAACAUCCGGACCAGUGACCCGCGCGACAAGGGCAAGGCGCCGACUGUUCGUGCGCCACCAUCACUGACGGCGAGAGGACCAGUGGCAUGUUAUCGUUGCGUCCAGCCCGGGCACAUUGCAUCGCGUUGUCCGACGAGGGCUACGGGACCACCGACCUUGGCGCCGAGACCACCGCGACCUCCAGGCCAGGCGGACAGACCGCCCCGACCCCCAGCGAGGACUGGAGCUGUCCCGAGAGUUUACGCUCUCGGUACCCUAUAUCUCUAUGGAGUUGUCUGUUACACGUUGUUUGAUACCGGGGCGACCCAUAGUUUCCUGAGUGCGGGAGUGGUGGAGAGGCUUGAGACAGGAGAGAUCGAGCCGAGGAGUGAUUUUACCAUGCGCAUACCUUCUGGAGAGCCGUUAGCAGUGCACGGGAUCCUGCAAGGCGUACCUCUUGAGGUUUGCGGUCGUCUAUUAGCCGCGGAUCUAAUUAUGGUACCCAUCGUGGGAUUCGAUAUUAUUUUGGGCAUGGAUUGGUUGAUGAGGUACCAAGCCUACAUCGAUUGUCCUAAGAGGACAAUCUGGUUUACAGAUGAAUUUGGAGGGUUCGAGUUCCGAGGCCGAGGAGCGCCAGCAGCGGAUCCGAUCAUCUCGGCACUAAAAGCCGAGAAGAUGAUUAGGAAGGGCAACGAAGCUUUCCUGGUAGUUAUUACGGCUACACAGGAGUCAGAGAGGAGACUGGAGGAUACGCCUGUUGCUCGGAAAUUCCUAGAUGUAUUUCCCGAUGACCUGCCGGAAUUACCACCUGGUCGAGAGGUUGACUUCGGCAUAGACGUGCUACCGGGAUCUGUCCGUUAG